GUAGAUGGAGAUACCAGUACGAAUGAUGCUGUUAUUGCAUUGGCUAGUGGGUUAUCUGGAUCAAACAAGAUUUCUUCUUUGAACAGUUCUGAGGCAGAACAGUUGCAAUCGUGCCUUGAUGCAGUAAUGCAAGGUCUUGCAAAAUCAAUAGCUUGGGAUGGAGAAGGAGCAACAUGCCUGAUUGAGGUCAGAGUAACUGGUGCAGGCAGUGAAGCUGAAGCAGCAAAGGUUGCACGCUCAGUGGCAUCUUCUUCACUUGCCAAGGCUGCGGUAUAUGGCAGGGAUCCAAAUUGGGGACGUAUUGCUUGUGCAGCUGGCUAUGCAGGGAUUCCUUUUGAUGCAAAUAAACUCUGUAUAUCACUUGGAGAUACUCUGCUUAUGGAUGGUGGGCAACCACUUCCAUUUGACAGGGCUACAGCUAGUAAUUAUCUCAGAAAGGCUGGCGAGACUCAUGGUACAGUUGAAAUUCAAAUAUCUAUCGGAAUUGCUUGUAAUUUUGAUCUGCUGGAAUUUUGGUGGACAAGGGUGAAAGGCAUUUAUGCUGAACUGAGGUUGCUGACAGAAAGCUAGUGAAAGAUGUUUUUAUCAUGUUUGAAUUGUGGAUGGUGCUCGAUUGUUAGGAUUCUGCUGCCAGGGUGAUUGCAAAGUUUAUUUGGUGCUUGCCUGGUGUUUGUGGGCUGGUUUUGUUUAGUUUUAGUUUUAGUUUUAGUUUGGUUAAUUAGAUUUUUUUUUUUGUUUUGUUUUGUUUUGUUGGUUUUGUUGCUCACUUGCUGAGUUGGGUGUUGGGUUGUUUUUUUCUGUUUUGUUUUUGUGGGGCUGUUUUGUAGGCCAUAUAAUAGGCUUGGGUGCUUGUGCCAACCUAGUUGGGACACGCUCUUUAAGCAUUUUUCACCAUAGCUUCCUCUUUUAUUGAUGUAUUGGAGUGUGUACUCCUUGUACUCAAUUUUUUCAUCAAUAAUUAUUCUUUUUUUGCCGAUAAAAAAAAAUGCCUGCAUUGUUAACA